GCGAAAAACUGCACGGGGACUGGCCUGAAAGUGGAGUCGUUGCGCUCGAGACAACGCUCGCGACAUGUCCGUUUUCUUUCUUUCUUAUUUUCAAAAGUCUGCGGUUUGUUUUUAGUGUAAGUUACGCAUUGAGUGGGACCUGGAGCCCAGCCGUUUAAUGAGAACGAAACCAACAGGUUUCCCCCGCACUAAAAUAGGCAAGAAGAAGCAGUCCAGCCCUCGGAAUGGAUAUGACUGCGGUAGUUAACUAGCUAUCAUUAAAAAAUAAUCACAGAUUUGGUUGUUCCGGUUUUUUGCGCUGGCUACAAUACCAAGCAGCUCAAUCAGGAUACGCAACUUAAUCCGACGUGUCAGUUAGCUACUAGUUACGGCUAACGUUAUUAACUCUAUCUGCCUUAACAACUACGAACUAAAAGGGUUGAUCUCGGCCGGAGCGGGCGGACCUUUGGAGGAGGGAAACUGGCAUUCGCGAUGCUGUCCAACGCUCAGAACCCGGCGCUGCUUCUCCAGUCUCACCCAAAGCCCACACUGCAAAUUAAGAAAAAUGCGAUAACGGACGAUUACAAGGUCACGCGUCAGGUCCUUGGGCUAGGAAUUAAUGGAAAGGUUUUAGAAAUCUUUCAGAAGAAAGACGGGGAAAAGUACGCUUUAAAGAUGCUGCAGGACUGUGCGAAGGCUCGGAGGGAGGUGGAGCUGCACUGGAGGGCCUCGCCCUGCUCCCACAUUGUGCGCAUCGUGGACGUCUACGAGAACCUGUACCAGGGGAAGAAGUGCCUGCUCAUCGUCAUGGAAUGUAUGGAUGGAGGAGAACUGUUCAGCCGCAUCCAAGACCGGGGAGACCAAGCCUUCACUGAGAGAGAGGCCUCAGACAUCAUGAAGAGCAUCGGAGAGGCCAUCCAGUUUUUGCACGCCAUUAACAUCGCCCACAGGGACGUGAAGCCAGAGAACCUGCUGUAUACCUCAAAAAGACCCAAUGCAGUCCUCAAACUGACAGACUUUGGGUUUGCCAAAGAAACCACAACACACAACUCCCUAGCAACACCUUGCUAUACUCCGUACUACGUGGCUCCAGAGGUGCUUGGUCCUGAAAAGUAUGACAAGUCGUGCGACAUGUGGUCUCUGGGAGUCAUCAUGUACAUCCUGCUCUGCGGAUACCCGCCCUUUUACUCGAACCAUGGCUUGGCCAUUUCCCCCGGCAUGAAGAAGAGGAUCCGCAUGGGCCAGUACGAGUUCCCCAACCCGGAGUGGGCGGACGUCUCUGAGCAAGCCAGGCAGCUGAUCCGCACGCUGUUGAAGACGGAGCCCACGCAGCGGAUGACCAUCACUGAGUUCAUGAACCAUCCCUGGAUCAACCAGUCGAUGGAGGUCCCUCAGACCCCCCUGCACACCAGCCGUGUGCUAAAGGAGGAGAAGGACACUUGGGAGGAUGUGAAGGAGGAAAUGACCAGUGCCCUUGCUACCAUGAGAGUGGACUAUGAGCAAAUCAAAAUCAAGACCAUUGAGGAUUCCUCCAAUCCGCUACUGGCGAAGAGGAGGAAGAAGGCCAAAACAGGCAGAGAGACAGAGACAUCGGACACCUAAGAGACGCGUGGCGUGUGCGUGUGCGUGUGCGUGUACGCUCCGAGAAACACGUGGCGUGUGGACAUACACUCCGGGCUGUACAAUGGAAGCAAUAACCUUCGGCAGAAUGAAAUUGUGAGAGUUAAAUUGCAUGGAUUUUCAGAAAACCUACAGAUGAUCACAAGUUUAUUUUUCAUUGCUCAUUUAAUUUUUUAAAGAAACAUUUCUUUUUAUUCUGAAAAAUGUUUAACAAAUCGGCCACUCCUGUAAAAGGGCAUAAAAAGCAGGUUAAGGAUCAGAGAUUAUGAAGCAGGACAUGAGAGGCUGAGAUUAUGAAGCAGGACAUGAGAGGCUGAGAUUAUGAAGCAGGACAUGAGAGGCUGAGAUUAUGAAGCAGGACAUGAGAGGCUGAGAUUAUGAAGCAGGACAUGAGAGGCUGAGAUUAUGAAGCAGGACAUGAGAGGCUGAGAUUAUGAAGCAGGACAUGAGAGGCUGAGAUUAUGAAGCAGGACAUGAGAGGCUGAGAUUAUGAAGCAGGACAUGAGAGGCUGAGAUUAUGAAGCAGGACAUGAGAGGCUGAGAUUAUGAAGCAGGACAUGAGAGGCUGAGAUUAUGAAGCAGGACAUGAGAGGUUGAGAGCAGGUAGUUUUGAUAAGUGUUAUUGCCCAUAUGUUUAUUUUCAUACUGUGUUGAGUCUUCAGGCCAUUACAGGAGAGCCGGUUGGUUGUUCCUCUUCAGGUUUGUCUCAUUAGCAAAACCAUCCCCUGAUGGCACACUACUGCUGUCAUAAUGCAGUAUGUUUUUCAUUUUUAAUGUUUUAGAGGUUUGGUAGAUGACGGGAAAAGUGAGCUGGGACUGGAAUAUCUGCUCUGCGUUCAUAUGCAGACCCGCUGAAUUAAGCCCCUGAUUCAGCCCUGCGAUGGUCUGCUGCUAAAUUAAGCCCCUGAUUCAGCUCUGCUAUGGAUGGUCUGCUGCUAAAUUAAGCCCCUGAUUCAGCCCUGCGAUGGUCUGCUGCUAAAUUAAGCCCCUGAUUCAGCCCUGCGAUGGUUGGCUGCUAAAUUAAGCCCCUGAUUCAGCCCUGCGAUGGUCUGCUGCUAAAUUAAGCCCCUGAUUCAGCCCUGCGAUGGUCUGCUGCUGAAUUAAGCCCCUGAUUCAGCCCUGUGAUGGAUGGUCUGCUGCUAAAUUAAGCCCCUGAUUCAGCCCUGCGAUGGUCUUCCGCUGAAUUAAGCCCCUGAUUCAGCUCUGAUCAAAGUGACUCUGCUAGCUUCCCUAGCAAGAGAACAAGAGAACAAGGGAUAGAGGAGAGCAGGAGAGGAGGAGGAGAGGGAAGGAGGUGAAGCAGGGAGGAGAGUGGCCAUCUGGAGCAUUAUCCAUGCUCUUAUUAUGACAAUAUGAUUCUACAGUCUGAAGCAUUAUCGCUGCUUUUAUUAUGACAGUAUGAUUUUACCAUCUCACGCAUUAUCCCUGCUUUUAUUAUGACAGUAUGAUUUUACCAUCUGGAGUCGAGCAUUAUUUCAUUUGUUUGUUUGAUUGUGCACCAAAUGUGCGUGUUAGUCCAGAGGGGUAUAAUUUCAACAUGUUAUGUACAUUGUCAGUUUUGUAUAUCCAUCUUUUCAAAUUAGAGUAUUAAGAUUCUGUUUGUUCUGUGUGUUUUCAAUAAUGUGUACAAAUUGGUGUUAAAUACAUUGCUACAAUGUGAUGUGACCUUAGGUAUAAUAUCAUGUUACACCUGUGUGCAGUGUGAUAUCAUUUUAUACCAGUGUGCUGUUUGAUAUCAUUUUACACCAGUGUGUUGUUUGAUAUCAUUUUACACCAUAGUGUGCUGUAUGAUAUCACUUUACACCAUAAUGUGCUGUAAGUAUAUCAUUUUACAGAACAGUGUGUUGUUUGUUAUCAUUUUACACCACAGUGUGCUGUGUGAUGUCAUUUUACACCACAGUGUGUUGUAUGAUGUCAUUUUACACCACAGUGGGCUGUAUAACUUUACAUCACAGUGUGCUGUGUGAUAUAACUUUACACCACAGUGUUGUUUGAUAUCAUUUUACACCACAGUGUGCUGUGUGAUAUCAUUUUACACCACAGUGUUGUUUGAUAUCAUUUUACACAACAGUGUUGUGUGAUAUCAUUUUACACCCCAGUGUUGUUUGAUAUCAUUUUACACCACAGUGUGCUCUGAGCUCCUGGAGCUGAAUGGACUAGGCUCCACUUUGACUCUGGAGCUCUGGUUUCAUGGUCCGCUGCAGAGAACCUUCCAGUGAAUUAUAACAAGCUUUACCUGCAGGGGGAACUGCAGGGGUAACUACCGUUUAUUUCAGUAUGGUCAUGUCCUUCUUCACUUGAAUGACAGACUGGAUUCUUUAGUGCAGUUAGCAUUCCGUUAGCACAGGCUUAAUGAAGCCAUAUUCACAUCUGCGUUUCAAACUUUGGCUGCGUAGCAGUAACUUAAGCUGGGUCCCGUGCAGCAGUGAAAAUGGACUAAAGGCUUGUUUAAGAAAAGUGGUGUGAAUAGUUGUAAUUGAUUGAUUUAUAAAGUGUACAUAGUCAAACGGCAAUCAGACUUGGUUUCCUGUGUUCUGCACUGAAGGCAAAAGCAUGGCUUUAGCCGAGAGUCCUUCUGCAGGAAGAGACCUGCUCACUGCACAGGCUUCUUUUUCAAAGAUACUAAGAGUUACAACUUUCCAGCUUUUUGUUCAUUGUCCGUGUGAGUACACAAACUGGUGUCCUCAAAGCAGAACUGGCCUCUUUGGGAAAAGGAGAGUGUGUGCGCUGUCCCUGCCAUUAAAUCCAGCUCUGAUAGCAUGCUGAUCAGGCCACACAAUUCCCCCCCAACCCCGACCAGAAGCCCACGUUAGCACUCGCUCCUUCCCCUGCACACCCUUUCAUUCACAUCUGCAAAGUUACAGGCAUCUGAAAAACAGGGCUACCAUGCCACCCCCAAAGGGAGCCGUUUUAGCUGUUUUUUUAUUGGCCAUUAGGUCAUUUGUCAUUGUUAAUUGGUCAGCUGUCUUCCUCCACGGAAGGAUAGCAGGGAUGAAUGAUCAUGGAAGUUCCAGUCCAUGCCAAGAGCAAGUUGCCUGAGCUACGUGCCCUAGCCCAUUGUGGAACUACAUCCACAGGAAAUGACAUCAUGGAGACAGGAUAUACCAGCUUGCGUCUUAUUUUCAGUUGGCUUGUUCUUGUUUGAGCGCAGUCGGUAGAGGUGCGUGUGGUCAGGUUUUGUGUCGGUGCUGAGGGUGCGUGCGGCUCGUGGGCGUGCUCUUCACCGCUCACAGCUCCAGUUUCACCAGACCACUCCUUUUCCGCCGCGUACGAGAGCACAGGCGCAUCUUUUUUAUUUUUAUGUCAAACUGCUGUACUGAUGUCCCGGUCCGCUUUUAUUCUGGAUUAAAAGAUUUUGAAAAUGA